AUGGGCUAUGAAGGCCUCUCGUCCACUUUUCUCCGCAGAGAAACACUGACUCAAGCCUUCUUAAACGAAGGUGCUAUCUUGGAUUACUUUCGUGGCUGGAACACGACCUGGACCCAGCCAUGGAAAUACUUCGACGGUCUUCCUUCUGUUAACAGAAGCCAGAUGGUUCCCUGCAAUGCAUCUCGGUUCACUGUCACGCAAGCCAACCAGGACUACCUGCGCGUCACAGGUGACGCAGCAGGGGUGGCCAUGCAGCCCGGUGGUGAAUUAUUUGCUUUUUGUCCGGAUGGCUACUUCUGGUUGCCUCCUUCUUGCCGAGCUGUCCCCUCAACAUGCGUUCCAUUCUUCACCCAAGAUCCGGGCUGGGGGUUGGAUGAUAUGAUGCAGAAGGUCACAGCAUACGGAAUGCCCAUUGCGCUUGGGGUCGCAAAGUCCUGGGUGGAGAUGGCCUUGCAGGUCAACGGCGUGUUUUACUGGUGGACUCCAGAUACAACAUUCCUUGCCUACAACCCGGCGGAUAUCAAAUUUCCGCCCUACGACCCCAAUGCCUACAAUGGAGGAGACAAGCGAAGCACUGCAGACGCAGCCAAAAUUUCCAAGAUCAUCAGCCAGGAUCUGUCGGCUCUUGCUCCCAAGGUGGUCGACUUCAUUAGCAGCAUGCGCUUUGGCCUCAGCGAUGUGAUGGGUAUGAUGCGGGACAUGCUCGCCCCCGGACAGUCACACACCGACGUCGCCUGUCGCUGGAUAAAGGCAAAUGUCCAUGCGUGGGAGUUGUGGCUUCCGGACAAGACCAAAUGCGCUCCUGGCUUUGGCUUGUUCGACACACGUCUGUCAGAGUUCACCGGCGACAGAGAAGAGCCCACUUUUCUGGAAUGUCGGGCUUGCGUGUCGGGAACGUAUUCUGCGCGCCUUGAUGACAAUCGAGGCAUUACGUAUGUGUGCAUGCCUUGCAUGCCCGGAACGAAACAAGCUUCUGGAGCCGCUUUGAAGUGCGACUUCUGCCAGUUGGGUGAGUUCCAGGACAAGUCAGGCAGCCGGUCCUGUGUACGUUGCAACAUCAGCUACUACCAAGACCAACUUGGCUCCACUCGUUGCAAGCCUUGUCCCAGUGGCACGACGCUAGGAUUUGGCUCGAUCUCAGUGGCCGACUGCGGCUGCGAAUCUGGCUUCAUCAACACAGCUUCCAGCCCUGGUUCUCUGAAGUGCGUAGAGUGUGGAGAAGGGCUUAGCUGCCCCGUGGCAAGCACUCUGGAUGGGCUAGUGUCCGGGAAGGCAGUGUUUGGAGACCCCUUUGUGCCGAAAAUUUUGCCUGACUAUUACAGCACUGUGGACAAGCCCCUUGAUGUUUACCGGCUGCAAAUCCUGUGGACCUUGGCAAUCCUUGCAUUUGGUCCCGGGCUCAUUGCAGCGUACUAUGUUCAGCAUUUCCAAGCAAGAGCUGCAACCAAUGUGUCAGCACAGGAGACAGCGGUAUGUGCCUUUGCGAUGAUCUUUUCAAAUCUGCAGUGUGUUGGCAUGCUUGGCUUGAUGAUGGAGCUUCCGGGCAGCUCUCUAUUGAGAGACAUUUCCUCCGCGAUGCAAGUUCUGGUUAUGGAUAUCGACAGCAUAGGCUUUAAUUGUGUUGCAGGAAGGUCGGUGCCUAUGCGUUACUCUGCGAUGGUCCUCUUUUUCCCUCUUGCAGUUCUUUGGCUUAUGGUCUGCUACUUGGUGUCAAAGCUGUUGCCGUUAAGAUUGCAGAGCUGCCGUUGGAAGGGCCCAGAGACCAGGAGCACCGUAGGAUUGCUGCUGUUGCUGGGGUUCAACACCAUGUGCACGGUUGCAGUCAUGCCACUGAUGUGUUUCAGUCAUCCGAGUGGCAUGUCCAGCCUGUUGAAGUACCCGAGCGUCGCCUGUGCCUCCGAUGAGCACUUCGUGAUGGUCGUGCUUGGGUUGCUAGUUCUUCUGUUUGCCUUGGGUUUCGUGGCCCUUUGCAGUUAUGCUGCGCUUGCAGCGCCUGGCUGGAGCAGACGGCGCCAGCAGCAUUCUUCCGUGCCUGGCAGCAGAGAGGAUUUCUGGAUUUGUAUCAGAGCUGCUUACUUUCGGAUGUCACAAUGCCAAAGUACCUACAGGCUAAUAGGCCCGUUUUUGUACACCUCAGCCUCCUUGACACUCCGAACACCCACAUUUCAUGAAACCGUGCUCAUCAUUCAGGUGUUUUCAGUGAAGUCUUUCCGCUUCCUGUUCUUUCGCUUCCGUCUGGAUUGUUGGUGGUUCGGGGUGCCACUGCUGCUUCGGGGCUCUCUGUUGUCGCUGCCCAUCGCAGUGGCAACAAACUAUCCUGCAGUGCAAGUACUUAUGUGGACUUUCGUGCUGCUUAUCUUCUUGGUGGUUGGAGUAUGGGUUCAGCCGUGGAAGGUCCCACUUCUGAACACCUUUGACUGCAUCAUGCAUGUCUGCAUCGUGAUGAUAGUCGCCUCGAGGUCACUGCAUGUGGGUCUGAAGGAGGAUGUGGUGAAUUUUUCGGCUGCUGCUGACAUCGUGAUCAUGUCCACGCUUGCCGCGGCAAUACUGAUCUUGUGCGUGGUAACAGCUAGUGCUGUCGUGACUUCAGGUGG